CAAAGUAUUACGUCUUAGUACUUAUACAGAAGAAAAGAUAUACUGAUAUAUAUAUCAUGAUGACCAGUGCAUUUUGUAAACAUGUGACGCAUUGUUUGACCAGUCAUGUUUACUAACAAUAAACUACGACUUUAAAUAUUUCAAAUACCGGAAAAAAUAAAUAAUCAUUGAAAUACGAUCGCAGUGAUAUAAAAAAUAAUACGAACAAUUAAAAUGAUAAAUAUAUAGCUGUAGUCAUGGAUGAGCUUAAGGGAAUGUGUAGCAGUCCAACCGGAAACUUGAUACAAAUUGAGGAUAUAAAAACUGAAGAAGCUUGGAUCUCGACAGUAAGACUGACCAAAUACUGACGAUGAAUACUCUGAGACUAAUAUUCGUUCUGGUAUCCUUAUCAUACUACAUAGCAGAAUCCACAGAAUACAAGAGAGUAUGUUACUACACUAAUUGGUCGCAGUACAGACUUGGCAAUGGGAAGUUCCUCCCCAGCGAUAUAGAUCCUUUCUUGUGUACACAUAUCAUCUAUGCAUUUGGCAAACUCAAUGGCAACUUGGUACAGAAACUAGAGUACAAUGACUAUGAACUAUAUUCUCAGCUAAAUGAUUUGAAACGACAAAAUCCAUCAUUAAAAACAUUACUAGCCCUAGGUGGAUGGACUGCUGGCAGUGUAGUAUAUUCUCAGAUGGUCAGCACCCAGGAUUCAAGGACAGAAUUUAUUAGUUCAGCUAUACAGUACCUAAGGAAAUAUAACUUCGAUGGAUUAGAUAUAGACUGGGAGUAUCCGGCAAACAGAGGUGGUCAACCUCAAGACAAAGUCAAUUUUGGAUUACUAGUUAAGGAACUUAAAGAAGCUUUCGAUGUAGAGUCCCAGACCACUGGUUCAGUCUGUCUUCUUCUGACUGCUGCAGUGGCUGCGGGAAAAUACACAGUCGAUACCGCCUAUGAUAUCCCCACAAUGGCACAGUACAUGGAUUUUAUCAACAUUAUGUCUUAUGACCUUCAUGGAUCCUGGCAAUCUACUACAGGACAUAAUAGUCCUUUAUUUCCUAAGUCUGAUGAGUACGGCGAUCAGAGAUACUUAAACAUUGAUUACGUGGCAAAGUACUGGAAUUCAUCAGGAGUACCGAAAGAAAAAUUAAUUAUUGGUUUAGCUACGUAUGGUCGAACAUUUACAUUAUCUGGUAGUCAGACAGGUAUAGGAGCGGCGGCGAGCGGACCAGGUAUAAAAGGCCAAUAUACCAGGGAAGCUGGAGUCAUAUCGUAUUAUGAGAUAUGUGCUCUUCAAGAAAGUGGUAGAGGCCAGACUGUGUACGACAGUGAACAGAUGGUUCCAUAUUAUUCUGACGGUUCAUUGUGGGUUGGUUUCGACGACGAAAUUAGUCUUGCAAUUAAAAUUGAUUGGUUGGUGUCCGAGGGAUAUGGCGGUGCCAUGGUGUGGGCUCUACCUCUUGAUGAUUUCAGGCAGACGUGUUCUAAAAGUAAUCGUAAAUUCCCUCUUUUAAAUACAAUUAAGGAUGGGCUAAUUAUUGCCGAGAAUGGUGGCACACUUACAACUCCUGCACUCCCAACUGGAGUGUUUACUGCAGUGCCGACAACACCAGGUUCAACGAAACAGGGGAAUUCUAGUUCAACGACACAGGGAGGAUCAGGUUCGACUACACAAGGAGGAACUAGUUCAGGCUUCCCAUGCUCAGAGAAACUCAAUGGACUCGAUGCUGAUCCAGAAGACUGUUCAAAGUUUUAUAAUUGUGAAGGAGGGGUAGCUUUCCACAUGAACUGUCCGACCAAUUUACUGUAUAACUCAAACAGAAAAUACUGUGAUUAUCCCACAAACGUAGUCUGUAUCAUACAAACAGAUGUAUCAACCGAGGCAACAUCGACAUUUUCUCCAAGUUCAUCGUCUGUUUCACCAAUAGUUGCGUCAAGUUCUUUUACAUCGACAAUUUCGUCUAAUUCACCAACUUCGUCGUCAUUUUCAUCGACGUCUAGUAUUCAGAAAUCGUCUGCGACUAGUUCAACUAGUUCAUUCGCUCCAUCUUCAUCUAUUUCAUCAUCAACCCAAAGUUCAACCGUCACUGCCACAUCCAUAUCGCAAACUUCAAGUCAAGAUACAAUGUCUUCAUCUAGGACGCCUGGUACUUCAGCAACCCCAACAAUCGAUCUAUCUCCAACAGCAUUUUGUUCGAGUAAGUCUCCUGGGUAUUAUCCAGUUCCUGCUGAUUGUAGCAAGUAUUAUCGUUGUUAUCCCGGAGGUGCAAUACAAGGAUUAUGCCAACAAGGACUUUAUUGGAAUACUUACAUCAACAUAUGUGAUUGGCCAAGAAAUGUUGAUUGUGGUAGACAGACGACAACGUCUGCAAAAAAUACAAUGUCAACAACACAAGAGCCUUCAUCCACAAGUACCAUCAAGUCUUCAACAAGAACACCAACCAAACCUGCAACAAGUAUCAUCAUGUCUUCUAUAACAUCAUCAGCUUUUACUUCUAAUAUACAAUCUAUAUCAGUACCACUUACCAGUGUUAGUACGCCAGUCACAACAUCCAGUUCCAGUGCUGUAACAACUCCGAAAUCAACUAGUACUUCUGAAUUUUCAUCAAUAAUUCCAACGCAGACGACAAUAGAUACUUCUACAACUUCACAACCAACAGUGCCUUUAGAUUUCUGUGUUGGAAAGGCUCUUGGGAAUUAUCCAAAUCCACAAGAUUGUUCAAAAUAUAUUACAUGUGUAGGGACUACAAAAUAUAUACGUAGUUGUCCUCCGCCAUUGUGGUGGAACAGUGAAACAGGGAAUUGUGAUUGGAAAAAAAAUGUUGAUUGUGACGAAUAGUGCUGUUUUAAUUGUGCGAACCAAUAUUGAUUGGUGGUAGAAACUCAAGUCCUCAAUUGGUAAACAUGGGCCUAGUCAAACUGAAAUCCUUAUUAUGGUGUUACUGUCAUUCAAUUUGAUGAACAUACUACAUUAUACGAUAUAGAUCAUUUAUUUGCUGGUGUUUGAAAAUUAAUUUGAAGAUUUUUACUUCAUUUUAACAUAUUGCUUUGUAACUUAUAUGUUGCUGUAUUGUUAUUUAUUUAUAUAAAUGUUGUUUGAUCUCUUGUUUAAAAGUGCAAUAAAAAUUUACGGGUAGUUUAAA